CCCCGAAAAGGAGAAACAAGAGAGAAGACUACCGUAGCGCAGAAGGAAGAGCAAGUGACAGGGGAAACAAUGGCGGCGAUGGCGGCGAGGUGUGCCUUAGGGUCGUCGUUGUUGAGACCUAGGACGGCUAUGGUGGACAGCAGUUCUUCGUCCUCGUCGUCAUCUUCUGAUGGGGGUUGCGCGCCAUCGCUGGGCGUAAGGAAGGUCACACUGGCGGUUAGCGAUCACGAUCGGAUCAGACAUGGGGACUACUGCUUGCCCCCUUCCGCUUCAUCUUCCUCCUCCUCCCCCGUCGCCACUCGCUCUUCCAGCUCUCCCUCCGCCUCCUCCUCCUCCUCCUCCUUCCCCUCCUUCUCCUCCUCCUCCUCCUCCUCCUCCUCUCUUCUUCACCAACGUGCGCGGAAUGGUGGUUGGCUCCGACAGUUUCGGUGUUGCAGUACGUUUUGGAGAGAGGUGGGUGCAAAGCGCCUGAUGAUGGGGAUGAAUCGAGGGAGACGAUGUGGCUAUGGUGGCUGGGCAACCAAGGGGGGAGCGAAAGAGGAGGGCAAUAACGCAGAGCAAGGCGAAGACGAUGCGAGUAUCUCGUGGGUUGGGAGGGAGAAGGGGAGGAGGGGAAAAGCGGAAAGGAUUAGCGGAAGAGACUUGGUUGGUGGGGGGCGCAGACGGUGGAAGAGUACCUUUCCUCCUGGGUCAGCGGUAUCCAUCACGGCGAAGAAGUUAGAGAGCGACCCGCAGGAAGGCGGGAAAUGUCCGUCCCUCAAGCGGGAUGGCGGGAAAUGUCCGUCCUUCAAGCGGGAUGGCGGGAAAUGUCCGUCCUUCAAGCGGAAUGGCGGGUUGCGGUCGUUUUUCUCCAAAUGUGCAGCGUUUGGUGGCGGGAAAGACACCAACGCGUUUGGUGGCGGGAAAGGCAACAACGCGUUUGGUGGCGGGAAAGACAACAACGCGCUCAAGCUUCUCUUCACAAACUCGUUCCCGCAGCGCGACCGCAAGAUUUCCAAGGUUAUGGAGGGGGUCGCGCUUGAUGGACGGGGUGGUGGUGAACAACCAUGUGGGCAAGUUUUAUCGUGGGGCGUUUCUGAAAAAGACGUCCCUCGUCUAGCAUUUAUGCAGAUGGCGUUCGUUGAUUUCUCUUUGCUCGUCAACGGACUGAUGUUGGUUAUCAAAUCUGUACAAUUACCUGCUGUGCCAGUUUGGGCGUCCGUAUGGGCCUCUGUUCGGAGAUGCAGCACCCAACAAGGUGAUGAAGAUGGUGUCCACCAUAGCCAGGGCGAUGAUCGAUGGGAUGAGAGCAAAACAAAAAGGGUGACAAUGAAUUACGUCCGACCAGUGCUGCUAUGGAUCAAUGUCAUCAUCAUCUGCAGAGGACUGGAUUCAGUCUCACUAUCGUCGGUCAAUGCCCAAGCAGUCAAACAGAGAUUUGUCGACUUCUUGCGGGCUCUAACAACAGUGCUGGCUUUCGCUUCCGUCACUGGCAGUUUAACACAGCAGUUGCAUAGAGCCUGGGCCGAAGGAGCCGGCGAAGAGGCAACAAAGAAUAUUGGUUUCCAAUUCAUUGGAAAUUCUGUUUCCACGUUGGUGUGGGUGGCGGCUGUUUUCCUUUUCAUGGAGCUGAUGGGAUUUUCCACUCAGAAGUGGAUAACAGCUGGUGGCUUUGGAACUGUCGUUCUCACACUAGCUGCAAGAGAGAUUGUGACCAACUUUUUAUCCGCGAUAAUGCUGCACACAACAAGGCCGUUCAAGAUAAACGAUUGGAUCAAAACGAAGAUUGACAGCCAGGAAAUAUCCGGCGUCAUCGAGCAUGUGGGUUGGUGGGCCCCCACCGUCGUGCGAGGAGAUGAUCGUGAGGCUGUGCAUAUACCAAAUCACAAGUUCAGUGUUAGCGUUUUGCGAAAUCUCUCUCAGAAGACCCAUUGGCGCGUCAAGACCAAAUUUGGCAUUAGCCAUUUGGAUGUGGGGAAGAUUGCGGACAUUGUGGCCGACAUGAGGAAGAUCAUUGCGAAGGACCCACAAGUGGAGCAGCAACGUUUGCACAGGAGGGUGUUCUUUGAUGAUGUAAGCUUUGAAAACCAAGCCUUGAUGAUCAUGGUCUCCUGCUUUGUGAAGACCCCACAUUAUGAAGAAUUUCUUCGAGUGAAGGAAAGAUUGAUGUUGGAUUUGCUGAGGGUCAUCAAGCACCACAAUGCACGCCUUGCCACGCCAGUGCGUUCAAUUCAACGUUCGUUUGAUGAUGUUGAGCGUCAGCCAGCCUAUCGAAGUGGGCCGAUGAGGGAGGAGGUUGUGCGGCGGCCAAUUCUUCUGUUGGAUGGAAGCAUCCCUGAGUCAGAAUCUGAUGACGAUGACUCGAGAGUGGAUGGUGCUGCGGAAGCGGCAGCCGUGUCUGUUGCAGCUGUUGUGGCGGAAGCCGAGGACGACAGCAGCGGCACUGCGGAAUCAUCUCCGUCGAAAGAGUCUUUCCUAGAGGAGGUGAGUAAGUCAGAUGUAUCUCCAAAACAACCUGCAGACACCACGGUACCCUCGACAAUGAAGGCCUCAUCGAAAGGAACAGAAGCGAGACCCAAAGCUGAGAAUGGUGCAGCAAGGUCGCCAGCAAUGUCGGCGGAGGCUAACGCAAAGGCAUCAAAGCCCGACACAGGGGUAAAACCGAAGUCAUCAGAGUCCACAAAGCAAGCUGUGGAAUCUACAGGAAAGGCUUCAAAGGACUUGGGAAGCGCAGAACCAGAUGAGCUUGACAAGAAGAGCGGUACGAGGCCAGAAAUGACCGAGGCUGUUGGCCCAGGUGCAAUUGUUUCAAACAGUUUGGAUGCCACGAUGACGUCACAGAGUAUGACGUCGUCAGAAACAGCCGAUGCUGUUGGGCCAGGUACGAGGAAUUCGAAGAGCCUGGACGCCAGAACUCCGCCGGCACCGAGUACAAAGCCGCCAGAAACAGCCACGGCCGUGGGCCCAGGUGCAAGGGGUUCAAAGAGCCUGGAUGCAACAAAACCGACACAGGGUUCCAAGUCGACAAAUCCAACUGGUUCUGCGUCUCUAGAUGCUUCGGAGCAGAAGCACCCCAAAGCGAGACCGGCAGGAAAUGCAUCAUCAGACCCAUGGGCUGAUGAUGAUGGUUCUCUGAUGUCUGACUCCCUGUCUGAUCCUUGGGCGAGCAAUCACGAAAAUGACAGGGAAGUAGACCCUUGGGCAGUUGAUAUUGCAGGCAGCGCAGCGGCGACAGCCGCUGCCACUGAAUCACAACUGUCACCUCAUGGCUCCCUGAAGCACAGACCUGAUGGCUUUUCAGCUGAUAGCACCCUGAAGCACCAGCCUGAUGACAUCUCAGCACACGGUAAUUCAGCAGCAAGGCACAGCAACACGACGAGCCGAGAAGAUAAAGUAGCUGCCCAUGGUGACAGAGGCCAGCAGCAGGGGACAAUGCCGCAUGUCACGAGUCAGAAAAAAGCGGAGCCCAGGGCUGCGCCAGCGGAAGCAAAUCCGGAUCCGCUGCCAUCCUUUGCACGAACAGACAAUCUUAAGGCGGAAAGUCCUGCUGAUGACGAUACAGCGUAUAGCGAAGGAACAAGCGCAAAAGGGGGAAAGCAAGGAAGCGAGAAGGGUGUGAGAGAACCUGGAAGCAGGAAGGACGGGGGGCCAAGUGCGAAAGGAAAGAGCGGGGGCGAACAUGGAAGUAUCAGGAAGGAUGUGGGGGCAAGUGAAAAAGGAAAGACUGACCCAGCACCCCAGGGAAGGGGAAGUUGGUCACCGCGUAGUUUGUCUAGGGACCCAUCGCUCGGGAGAGUAGACACGACGAAGCCGAACAGGGAUUGCGGAAGUGAUGAAGUGACGAAGUCGGUGUUGACGGCCUCGGCUGCGGCAGCUAGGAAACCUGCGAGUGGAACUGCCUCUACAUCCUUGGAGCCCAGGGAAGAGUUGCUGGUUCUGAGCGUCGACAAUCCGCCGUUCAAAAUUCCUCUAGAGGAAUCUUCAUCUAUCAUGUCGAGCGUGGAUGGCCCUCCAGUCGGCGGUCUGAAACUGGACCUUGCGACAGGAGCAGGCGCAGGAGAAGGAGCACGGGCCGCGGAAAGAGAAGUAGACAGCUCAUCAAGGGGAAUGUUCAUUGGCGGGACAGACCCUCGCGAAGACGACUUGCGAGGUAUGGAUCUCAGAAACCAGUCUGACAAUGAUAGUGACCGAUAAAAACACAAAGCACGACUCAAAAACUCCACUGUCAUUAUUUUUCUCAAACAGUCAAAACAGACUCAAGAGUCCAAACUCCACUUCAUUCAUUUUCCAGAAAAUGUCCACGGUGACACUGUCUCCUACUUCAUCCAUUGUCCAUGAUGCAGAAUGUGUUGUCAGCAGUAUAGGUCCUCCUACUUCAUCCAUUGUCUCCAAAAAUUCAUUCAACCUGCAUGCACUGUUUGUGUGCAAGGAUUCCUCUUUCCCCCCCCUAAUACUACCCCUAUUAAUGAGCUGGCAUCCAUUCCAUUUUAAGCCAGUGCAUGUGAAUCUUUCAGGUAGUGGUCAGAAAUUAUUAUGGCCCCUUGUAUUCCAUGUGAGGGGGGGGUUGGCACCUUCCUAGUGAUUACAGGGUGCUGCAGGGAUCAUCCAACUGCUGACUGGGGGACUUGUUCAUUCUAGGAGUAAGAGAUUUUAAAUUUUAAGUUGAAGGAACAAAAGUUUGUCUGGAGAGCAAGGGGACUUGUUAAUUCUAGGAGAUGGCCACUGCAAGGGGUAUGAUGACACCCGGGCGAUGCGGGAUGGAACAAAAGUUUUACGACCGCAGGGGCUGGAGAUCGACCAUCGCCCGUAGAUGAUGUGCGCGUUUGCCACAUCCGUAUCGAAGUCCGGUCCGGUUCGUUUCCAUUGACGACUGCAUGAUUGGCUUGUUGGCCAAGGUCAACCUACCAAAGUAGGGGGCCAGAUUCUGUGGGCAGGCCUGCUUGCCACUGCUCCAAGAGGGAGGAGCAGGAGCUUCAGGUCUUCGGUUCGGACUAUCGAGUGCAAGGUGCAAGCCGUCUGCCCCCUGUCCAGUGGCUGCACCAGGCUGCGCUGGCUGUCCUUCUGACGUCAAUGUGGCUGCCCUCUCAGAUGUCAGUGUGUGAAUGUGUAAUUUACUAAUUUGCCCCUCACAGCGGAAGCUUUUUCACUUCUGGCACGAUCUCUUACCGUGUAACAUAUGUGUACUAUUGUGUAGCUUUUUCAAUUGUGCCCCUCAGAGCUGUAGUAGAUCUCUGGUCGGUGAAGGGCUCGGUACGAGUUCCCGAACUGGUCCUGUGGCAAGGGAGGGUUGCCACAAUUGUGCUUGUGUGUAGAUAUGGAGGAGGAGGAGGAGGAAGGUCGCUUCAAGCCCUGUUGAAGGCUUUGGUUGUAGUCUUGCUCUGCACCAUCGAAUUGGCAGCGUAAAAUUCAGGAGAAUCCAUGACAUUGUUAAGGAAGAGGCAUAUAAGGUUGUAUAUCCUCUCUCUUAGGAGAUCAAGUUCACUCUACAUUAUGGCCACUCUUUUUUUUUUUCUUCUUUUUUUUUUUUCAAUGGCUCUGUUGUUUGAUUAAGUUUGUGAAGUACUUCACAAAGUUGAUGUGCAAGAUACGAAGAAAUCCAUCGAGCAAGGGCGGAAAAGGUGCAGGGUUUUCUCAGACGGCAUUGCAAUGGAUCAAAGCGCCACUCUUUACUUCUUCUUUUCUCAUCGCGGCUCUGUGCUCAUAUACAGGAGGGUGGUGGGUUGGUUCGGCCUAUGAGCAAGACCUCCACAGCCUCCUGGUCCUGGCAGGCCCAAACAUGCAUCAACUUUCGGAGCUGCCACUUUUGGGUGGUGGGUGUGUCUCCACUUCCUGAUGAGUUAGCUAGCGUGAAUGUGUGUCUACGCGUGUGUGUGGCACAGGAUGGUGGCAGCAAUCACCUUCCACCCUUUCUCUCCCUGUUCUACUUAAUCAAAUUGCUUUUGAAAU